UGCGGCACUGAGUGCGCAUGCGCCAGUUUACAGGAAGUGUGUUAACGUUUUCUCCUACCAGCUGAUAGCCAAAUUGUCAACAGUUAAGCCUGCGAUACCUGCGCCGCUGAAACGACGAUAUACACGAUCAAACACGGAGAGAAGAGAGGUCAAGACGUCGUCAGCGAGUCCCGACUGCUGUCUGUUUUGGAGGACAGUGACUGACAUCCCCCGGGAGGAGGCCCACCAGCCCCCCUGCCGUCUCCUACGCGGGCCGGUAUGAGCUCCAGAGGGAGUGGAGGCCGCACCAACGGCACGCUGCCGCAGACCAAGAUCUGCCAGUUCAAGCUGGUGCUGCUGGGCGACAUGGCCGUGGGCAAGUCCAGCCUGGUGCUGCGCUUCGUCAAGGGACAGUUUGACGAGUUCCAGGAGACGACCAUAGGAGCUGCGUUCCUGGCCCAGUCCGUGUGUCUAGAUGACACCACGGUGAAGUUUGAGAUCUGGGACACUGCAGGUCAAGAGCGAUACCACAGCCUGGCCCCCAUGUACUACAGAGGAGCUCAGGCCGCCAUCGUGGUCUUUGACAUCACCAAGCCGGAGACCUUUGAGAGAGCCAAGGCCUGGGUGAAGGAGCUGCAGAGGCAGGCCAGUCCGAACAUUGUGAUCGCUCUGGCCGGGAACAAAGCCGACCUGGCUGAGAAGAGACUAGUAGAGUAUGAGGAAGCCCAGACGUAUGCUGAAGACACCGGCCUGCUCUUUAUGGAGACCUCAGCCAAGACAGCCAUGAACGUCAACGAGCUCUUCCUGGCCAUUGCAAAAAAGAUGCCAAAAACAGACACCCAGAACCCGACACACGCAGCGCGACAUCGGGGAGUCAACCUCCAGGACCCAGACGCCCACUCUACCCGAGCCUGCUGCGGUGGGAACUAGACCUCCACCACUCCCACCAGUAUUCCACCAUCAACACCACCACAGCCCUUCGACCAUCCUGUCUCCUUCAACCAACUUACAGGGGUGGGCCUGAUGCGGGGGAAACCCGGCAUCUACUCACCCACUCCCCCUCCAUUCAUCCUCCUGUCCGAGCAGACAGAAAUUCGAAAGGAGAGAAUAAGAGGAAAGUAAAAGAGAAAGCAGAGGUGGAGGGAGAAGACACAGAGGGUCACGUCUGUGUCUCUCGACAAACGACUGAGAUUCUGCAUUUGGGGAAAGUACAAGGGGAGGUGUAGCGAAGACUGAGACGGAGAGAGGAGCAAAAUACAGAAUGUGGAAGACAGUGGCAAGCCUGUUGUAGUAUUUAGCACUAAUUGUGAUUUUUCUUUCGUUUUCACUCUGCCUUGCAACGUUUCAAUCACAGCCCUGUUUGAUUGUGUAAAAAAGGAAAAUGCACAAACUGAGCAGCACAUGCUGGCGAGUGGCCAAGACAGGAAGGGGGGGGUGGGAGGAAAAAAAAAAACAAAAAGAAAAAGACAAGGCAUAAAAUAAAGAAGCCAGUUAGGCUGUAGCUGCUUUCUUCUUCUUCUCCUUGUCAGAGCUUGCGCCCGCUUGCCUUGUCUCCUCCUGGUCCUGAAUCGAUCAAAAUCCCGCUGUGAAUAACGCCACGUCGUACCCCUGGAAUGAAGUGAACCCAUGAUUCGUAACCCCCUCCUCUCUGUCCUGCCCGACUUUCCCCCGGUGUCAGCUGCACCAUCCAGGCCCACAUCACAUUAAGACCCACGGCACAGUUUUGUCCAGCAUACGUCGUACGUAUUUAUUAUCCAGUGUUUUAACUUAUCUUGACUGCUGGUAGUGAUGCUCCAGUGUCUCUGAGGCACCCAACCCACUCACUCUCCUUUCUGUCCGGAUAGAAACUCAUGAGGCAAACGAUUAAACUUAACUAAAGUUGUGAUUUAAUGAGGUUCUUUGAAGACACAUCUGGCCCAGCAGACUGGCUUGUUUCAGAAAAGAUUUGGCUCGGUUUUCGGUGGCUUGCUUGAGUGCUCAUAAGGAAAUAUGAUUAGCAUCGCAGGCUGUAGCUCUUUACAGCAACAAUAUAGACUUGAUAGUGAGUGUUUGAAGCCACAGGACUUUAAUAAUGCUAUGUAUGAGCAGGAAAACGUUAGCUGUAACUAAUUGCAUGUCUGUAGCAGAGAAAGCACUCCUCAAACCCAAAGAAAGUAGUGAUGCAUCAAAUACUUACUGAGCACCUGUUUUUAAUAGAGAGCUUAAUCUAAUUUUUCAUUUAUUCCAGUGAGUGACAGCCCAUGUGCGUCUCUGCCCAGAUUAAAAUAUUGGCAUCAGAUAAAUAAAAUACUGGGGGCCUAGAAGAAUCCUUAAGGGUGGAAUGAAAGGCAGGAAAAUAUAAGACCUGCGACAAACCUGUACCCAGAAAACCUGCCCGUCUUGUGUUUCACGUGUUCCUCGUCUGUCCCUUGUCCUGAGGCUAAGCUGUCGGUGAACAUGAAAUCAUAGUGAUCUUAAAUGGGUUAACUGAUUAAUACGAUGCUCUUAAAACAGAGUUGCGUGCUUGGUUGCUGUCCAGAGCUGCUUGGCUGAAGAAAAUGAGGAAGGAAUUGAUGAAAGAAAAAAAACAAAAAAAAAAAAGGACAAAACAAAACAAAACUAAAACAAACAAAAAACAGAAGUGCCUAUUCCCAGUUUUCUUUCUCUGUGAGUCAUGUUUGAGGCUUUCUUUAACUGUGUGCUUUGUAGGCAAAGUGCAGGAAAACCACCUCUGACAUCAGCUUGUACCAUGAACCAAUAACUCGGCACCCUGUCGUUAGGCUAUACUGUAUUGGCUCUUUGUAUGGAUGUAGAGAGAUCUUGUUGAAUACACUGUAUGUUAUAUAUUAUUGUCUUAAUUUUACUGAAAGUGGAUGUUGAAUUUAGCAGAGCACACUUGUGAACCUGGAGUGGAUCGUUUUAAAAAAAAAAAAAAAAGAAAAAGACAAGGCAUAAAAUAAAGAAGCCAGUUAGGCUGUAGCUGCUUUCUUCUUCUUCUCCUUGUCAGAGCUUGCGCCCGCUUGCCUUGUCUCCUCCUGGUCCUGAAUCGAUCAAAAUCCCGCUGUGAAUAACGCCACGUCGUACCCCUGGAAUGAAGUGAACCCAUGAUUCGUAACCCCCUCCUCUCUGUCCUGCCCGACUUUCCCCCGGUGUCAGCUGCACCAUCCAGGCCCACAUCACAUUAAGACCCACGGCACAGUUUUGUCCAGCAUACGUCGUACGUAUUUAUUAUCCAGUGUUUUAACUUAUCUUGACUGCUGGUAGUGAUGCUCCAGUGUCUCUGAGGCACCCAACCCACUCACUCUCCUUUCUGUCCGGAUAGAAACUCAUGAGGCAAACGAUUAAACUUAACUAAAGUUGUGAUUUAAUGAGGUUCUUUGAAGACACAUCUGGCCCAGCAGACUGGCUUGUUUCAGAAAAGAUUUGGCUCGGUUUUCGGUGGCUUGCUUGAGUGCUCAUAAGGAAAUAUGAUUAGCAUCGCAGGCUGUAGCUCUUUACAGCAACAAUAUAGACUUGAUAGUGAGUGUUUGAAGCCACAGGACUUUAAUAAUGCUAUGUAUGAGCAGGAAAACGUUAGCUGUAACUAAUUGCAUGUCUGUAGCAGAGAAAGCACUCCUCAAACCCAAAGAAAGUAGUGAUGCAUCAAAUACUUACUGAGCACCUGUUUUUAAUAGAGAGCUUAAUCUAAUUUUUCAUUUAUUCCAGUGAGUGACAGCCCAUGUGCGUCUCUGCCCAGAUUAAAAUAUUGGCAUCAGAUAAAUAAAAUACUGGGGGCCUAGAAGAAUCCUUAAGGGUGGAAUGAAAGGCAGGAAAAUAUAAGACCUGCGACAAACCUGUACCCAGAAAACCUGCCCGUCUUGUGUUUCACGUGUUCCUCGUCUGUCCCUUGUCCUGAGGCUAAGCUGUCGGUGAACAUGAAAUCAUAGUGAUCUUAAAUGGGUUAACUGAUUAAUACGAUGCUCUUAAAACAGAGUUGCGUGCUUGGUUGCUGUCCAGAGCUGCUUGGCUGAAGAAAAUGAGGAAGGAAUUGAUGAAAGAAAAAAAACAAAAAAAAAAAAGGACAAAACAAAACAAAACUAAAACAAACAAAAAACAGAAGUGCCUAUUCCCAGUUUUCUUUCUCUGUGAGUCAUGUUUGAGGCUUUCUUUAACUGUGUGCUUUGUAGGCAAAGUGCAGGAAAACCACCUCUGACAUCAGCUUGUACCAUGAACCAAUAACUCGGCACCCUGUCGUUAGGCUAUACUGUAUUGGCUCUUUGUAUGGAUGUAGAGAGAUCUUGUUGAAUACACUGUAUGUUAUAUAUUAUUGUCUUAAUUUUACUGAAAGUGGAUGUUGAAUUUAGCAGAGCACACUUGUGAACCUGGAGUGGAUCGUUUUAAAAAAAAAAAAAAAAAGGGGUCUAAUCGAUGUUAUAAAUCUGUUUGAUUUAAACAAAUAUUGGUGUUCAGGAAAAUCUUUUUGUUCUGCUUUAAUUUCACAACCACGGAUAUUAAAGUGAGAGUUUGGGUUAUUUGACGUGGGGGGGGUCGUGUGAGGUACUUAUAGUCAGGGUAUUACCCGCAGUAGAUUCAGAUCAGUGCGCUGCCAGUUGAUAGAAGCACUUAACAGAAGCUGAAUGAUGUUUUAACCACUUUUAAAAAAUUCCCAGGAAAAACCCUAAAAUCUGUUUAAGUGUACGCAUUAUUUAGAAAAUUUUCACCGCUUUAUCUUGCCGUCAAACAGCACUUUCCUUUGGAACUACAUUUUCUCAACUGUUGACCUACCGUAUUACUACGCACAAGCGCAACUACGGCGCUAAAUGUACGCGGUAGUUCAACGGUUGAGAAAAUGUAGUUCCAAAGGAAAGUGCUGUUUAACGGCAAGAUAAAGCGUUGAAAAAUAUUCCACAUCAAGCGUACACUUUGUUCACCGCUUUAUCUCGCCGUCAAACAGCCUCCUUUUUUGGAACUACAUUUCCUCAACCGUUGAACUACCUCAUUACUACGCACAGCUCUGAGUCAAACAGCGGUUCUGCGGACUAAUAGAGUGUGCGCCGUAGUUGCGCUUGUGCGUAGGAAUACGGUAAUUCAACAGUUGAGAAAAUAUAGUUCCAAAGGAAAGGGUUGUUUGACGGCAAGAUAAGGCGGCGAAAAUAUUCAAAAUUAAGCGCAAACUUAAACUGAUAUUAGCUUCUUUUUUUCUCUACGGGAAGUGGUUAAAACUCUUUUUUUUUUGCGGAUGACCGUCGCCAAAAAACUGAGCGCGCGCGCCGAUCCGAAUCUACUGCAGGUAACACACCGACUGUAGGUAACCGCCUCACACAACCCCAUGUCAAAUGACCCCAACUAUCACUUUAAGGCAUUUUGAUAAAAACACGGUGAACUAAUUAAGGGUCUCACAAUUUGGCUAGCACACGGUAUGACCCCACUGUAUGAAGUAAAACGCCAUUUUCAAUAGAUAUUCAACAGAUAAAAUUAAUUGCUCAUCAGCUCCAUUAUAUACAAUAAAGUGCAUUCACUUCUUCAUUCUUAGGUGAUCACAACAAGUACGUUCAGUGUUCUGUGCAGGACUUGAUUUACCCAUCAGCACCUUCAGUGUGUACAGUGUUCAAUAAAGCUGUGAAUGGCACUUUGAGUGCAGGA